AACAGAUAUUAGUCAAUUCAGAAUAGGAAGCUCUUGAAGGACAGACAGCUAUUCCACUUCAUGAAAAUUAGUGGGACAGUAUUUACUUCGUAAAAUAUUUAACAUUCUUAAAAGCAUAUAACAGAAGACAAGAUCCAUGGAGAAAAAUAGUCAGUUAUAAAUUGAAAAUUCAACAGAAAAGAAUAGAAGACAGUUAGAAGUUGCAGAAAUUUGGACCAAGCCUUCAUGCAUGAUCUGAUUUCUCUGGGUACAAAUAAUGUUAUCCCAGCUUUGACAAAAAUGAACAUGGAGAAUCAAACUACGCCUUAUUUUCUGCUCCUGGAAUUAUCAAAAAAUCGGCAUCUGCAGCUUUUGUUUUUCUUCUUCUUCUUUGUGUUAUAUAUGGCAACUGUAACAACAAAUCUUCUCAUCAUCUCUGCAAUAGCUUUUCAUCAUCGACUGCACAGCCCCAUGUACUUCUUUCUAAUGAAUUUGGCUCUACAGGAUUUGGGCAUUGUUUCAGUAAUUAUCCCCAAAUCCAUGAUAAAUUCUCUCAUGGACACCAGACACAUCUCUUAUUUUGGUUGUGUUGCUCAAGUAUUUCUCUUUCUAUCCUUUGAAGCCUCUGAUGUAUCCCUCCUGACAAUCAUGGCAUAUGAUAGGUAUGUAGCCAUUUGCCACCCACUGCACUAUGAGAUGGUGAUGAAUUGGAAAGCCUGCAUUGAAAUAAUCAUUCUAGUGUGGGUUUCAGGUCUUAUCUGUGGAAUCCUACAUACAAUUGGCACUUUUUCAGUACUUUUUUGUUCUAAUGUUGUCAACCAAUUUUUUUGUGAAAUUCCACAAUUGAUAAAACUAUCCUGUUCUGGCUUCAAUCUAGUUGAGGUUGGAAUAGUUGUGGUCAACAUCAUUGCUGCACUAGGCUGUUUUACUUUUAUUUUCAUAUCUUAUGCAGUGAUCUUCAAGACAGUAUUGAGAAUCCCUUCUGAGCAAGGAAGACAAAAAGCUUUAUCCACCUGUAUUCCCCACUUUAUAGUAGUGUCUGUGUUAGUAUUAAGUGUAUGUUUUGCCUAUCUAAGACCUCCCUCUAACAUUUCAUCUGACAUAGAUUUUUGGUCAACUAUUCUCUAUUCUCUUUUUCCACCCCUAUUCAAUCCAAUCAUCUAUAGCAUGAGAAAUCAGAAUAUAAAAUGUGUUCUUUCUCAGUUGUGGAGGUUCUGAAAAAAAAUCUUUUAAUGUUUCUAUUCUGUCCACCACAGUUUUGCAUUUUCCUGGCCUUUCUUUUACUUUUUUGAAUAAAAAAAAAAACAUCAAAUCAGUUUUCAGAUCCUUUAACUCAGACUAUGUAUUUCUUUCCCUUAGAAGUGCUUUGGCAAGACAAGAUACCUGGCAUGGCAAAAAAGAUAUGUGAGCUGAUACUGUCUCACAUAACCUUUUGAUAACUACAACGGAAAAAGCAAGAAAUUAAAUUAGGAUAAUGCAUAAUUUUAAUAGAACACCAAAUAAGCUUUCAAACAUAUUAGAUCUUGAUACAAAUUGAAAGAGAUAAGGUGUGUUUCCUGAUCUAAUAUCUAGAGAAGGGAAGUGAGAUAAAUCUACACUAAGGAUGAUAUCUCAUUGAAAUGUGCUGGAGAAAUUAUGAGUUUCAUCCAAAUUACUGAUAACGUAUGGGAAAAAAAUCAUCUUACUGUUUUGUGAUAUCUCCACAACCACCCCCACAAUACUUUUAAAAGUAUACAAAUGGAAGAUUCACCAUGUAAUUUGGGGCUCAGUAUAAUUGUACUUGGGAAAGUGCUAUGUACUUCUUGAAGCUCCUAGGCACUUCCUUUGAUGAGGGUAUGGGGGUUUCAGUUAAAAGGAUAGGAAAUUUUGUUCUAUAUUUAUAAUCCUCUAUUGAAUUUUGCAGUCUUGUUUUAUUGAUCUGUGGAUAUUUCUUGUCUAUAUUAUUCUUUGUUGUUAAAGUGAUUAUUUUUCUCUGUUUUAUGCAAUAAACUUUUCAACGUUUUCUAA